UAUCGCCUUGAGAGGACAUAUUUUUCGGCCCUCACUUCAUAAUAACACCAAAUGCGUGUCAAGGAAUAAAAGCUUAAAAUUAGAUGAUUUGUUGUAUUUUGCCUUUACCGGUGUCAAAUUGCAAUUAUUGCCCACUACAAAGUUGAAGUGAGUAUGAAAACUUAAAAAUUCAUUAUGAGUUUGAAAGCAACGGAGUUUUGUCCAAUUCACGGAUUCGUCAUCUUGGCGCUUUGCCUGAUCAUCAAGAUUAAUUCCUCACCACAAAUACACGCCGGAAAUGCCUACAUAGAAGCCUUAUCCAAGUUCAAGAACGAUGAAAUAGGGAGCUUCGCCAACUUGCUCGCCGCGAUCAAGGCUCUCGUGGUGAGUUUCGAGAUCUGGCGGCCUGACGAGUUCAGCGCCCUCUUGUGGACGUUCCCCAGCACUAUGCGCGAUCUGUUCCCGUAUUCGCAAUACAAAAUGAACGACAGCAAAUUGCAGAGCGGGCGAGUUGAUGUCCUACUUCUUAGCCAUGAUCAGACGCUUUUUGCAAUAACCGUGAAAGGCCGCCAGGGCGCGCUCUCUUCGCUCAAGUGCGUGGCGAAACAUUUGAAAAAUAUGUCCACCUCGCUAUAUCCUUUUAAGAGUGGCACGCCACUCGUGCGACACAGGGUGUUAAUUGGUCUCGGUUACGCACAUAGCAGGGCCAAAGGGAUUGAGCAAGUGGCAGGGAGUUUCAUGAGAGAUACCUUCGACUUAUCGAGAGCGAUCAGUGUCACGGUUUAGUUGCGCCAGUUGAUUGUGAAGCCCAAUGAAUACUCGAUUUCCAAAGGUCCUCUCGUAUUUUACUUCUUUAGUUUUAAAAAAAAUUGAACUCUUGCAUGUGUCAGGAAUUUGCCUGGCAAAAACUGGUUACCUGGUUUCAAUAUCAAUAUCCUGAAGUUGGUGCAUAUCCAAAAUAUGAUAUUUCCAAGAAACAUCA